UUCUAUUCUCCAUGAGGCGACCGACGGUCAUUCUCUCAGAGCCCCACCCAUAUGGUCACGAACAGCCCAUCUUCCAAGACCAUCAACCCCGCGAUCUCUUCAACAAUAUCCCAUCCCUGACAAAUUUCCAUCAACGUACAACUAUCGGUCCUCCUCGAGAUGGCAGAAUCACGUAACAUGGACCCCAACCUUGGAACCCGGGAGGAAGACUGGCCCGAAGUCGACGUAGAUUCCGACACAGAAGAAGGCGGUGAGGCCAUGCGGCGCGCUGAAGCCGCUCUGCACGCGACUAUUGAGCGUUCCAUCUGCCAACGACACGCGCAACUUGACCAUGACACGAUCCCACAGGCGCUCUACGUCAAGGCGCAAAACCACCAGGACCAGCUCACACAGGAGGAACGCCGUCUCCUUCUCAGCCGCGGCGACAUCGUGGGCAAGGCGCUGGCGGAUCCCGAUUUCCUCACCGCCGACGAGACGCAUCAAAUCCUCUUCUGGCCGCCGCCAGACGUGGUGCGCGCCAACAUCCAACGCGCCACGGGCGGGAGCCUCAGCACGCCUAGCGAGCUCUACGCCAAAGGCAAGGAUGCCGUGGACCACGGCCAGUUCGGGACGGUGCUGAACGACGACGAGAUUGCGCUGCUGGCGCGCAGUUUUCACGGCAUGGACGAUGCAACCUUUAGCCCGGUAGAAAGAUCGAGGGCUUUUGGCGUGCCUGGAACCGCGCAGGCCGUGGAGCUGCUAUCGAGGCGGCUGGGACUGGAUGUCGUCGUCUUUCGGGCUGCUGCGGUGCACCAUAUGCAAUAUAUGGCGCCGAUGUUUGCUAGUCUUGGUCCCGUCCAGUCUCCUCCGAUGCCAGGACCGGCAUUUACAACGCCGCAAAGCCAGUUCGGGAACAGACAACAGCCUCAAGACAUUAUCCGCGCCAUGGUCUCGCUCUCGGAGCAGCACGAGCUCGGCAACGUGACAGACGAAGAGGUCGUCGCCCGCAACAGGGAUUAUCUCGCCGCCCUCCAAGCCGCCUCCUCCCAGUCUGGUCGUCCCGCUCCCACCUUAUUAACAUCACCAUGGCCCGCGACACCCCCUAUCUUGCCUACCGACCGUUUCGGAUGCGGGCCAUGGUCACUCACCGCCCAGCCGCGCAGCCCCAUCAACGUCUUCCACAACGACAUGCACCUCUCGGGUUAUGACGUCGAGCCGGGGUGGUCUGCCCUCUCCGAAGACCAAAACGAAGCCUACCGCGCCCGAUCCGAGACGUUCCGUCGCGAGGCCUGGGCCGAGCAUGAGAGAGCCCUGGCCGAUGGUACGUCACCAUUUGUCUUUCCAAGUAGACAGACGCGGCCCGUCCGGAUCAACAUGAUGAGAGGUGCAGAUCACGAACCGUCGGGACAUGAAACAUGAAAUAUAGACCUGGAACCCCCUCUAAUUUCUACAAAUUAGUUGUGACCUUUAAUAAGCCCUCUUCGUUGCUAUCGUUAAAAUUAAG